GGAGGGACGCCGUGCGGGACCGUGCGCUCGCGCCUGGCUUUUGUUCCCGGCGUCUGACUUCUGACGGGCAGGAGUGGCUGUGGAGGCGGCGGCGCGCGGCUGGGACCUGGGCCGGCGGCCACGGAGAGCCCUUGGCCCCUCCCGUGUUGGCCAUUUCCUGGGACUUGUGUCCGCAGGGGACUCGGGAGGCAUCCUCCCCCCACCGAUAGCCGCUGGGGAGGGGUCAGCGGCCGUCCUCGCCUGGCCGGACCCGGCUCCCCGCGGGCGGCAGGGGCGGCCAUGCGGCUGCGCGCCCUGACCCCCAGGCCACCGGGAGGGUUCGCGCGCGGAACCCGGUCGCGCCAGCGCCGGCGCCAGCCAGAAGAAUUAACCUCGAGUCUGCACACUUUUAAGAACAAGGCCUUUAAAAAAUCCAAAGUGUGUGGAGUUUGCAAACAAAUUAUUGACGGUCAAGGUAUUUUAUGCCAAGCCUGCAAGUAUUCCUGCCACAAGAAAUGUGAAGCCAAGGUGGUGAUUCCCUGCGGUGUGCAAGUCCAACUGGAACAGGCUCCAGGGAGUUCCACACUGUCCAGUUCUCUCUGCCAUGAUAAACCUCUGUGGCUCGUCAUCCUGAGUCCCACCAUGGAGGAGGGCCAUGGGCUGGACCUCACUUACAUCACGGAGCGCAUCAUCGCCGUGUCCUUCCCCGCCGGCUGCUCCGAGGAAUCCUACCUGCACAACCUGCAGGAGGUCACGCGCAUGCUCAAGUCCAAGCAUGGGGACAACUACCUGGUAUUGAAUCUUUCAGAAAAGAGAUAUGACCUUACAAAGCUUAACCCAAAGAUCAUGGAUGUGGGCUGGCCGGAGCUCCACGCACUGCCCCUGGAUAAGAUGUGUACCAUAUGCAAGGCACAGGAGUCCUGGCUGAACAGCAACCCCCAGCAUGUGGUCGUCAUUCACUGCAGGGGCGGGAAAGGAUGCAUAGGAGUGGUCAUAUCAUCCUACAUGCAUUUCACCAACAUCUCAGCCAGCGCCGACCAGGCCCUUGACAGGAUUGCAAUGAAGAAGUUUUAUGAUGACAAAGUUUCAGCUUUAAUGCAGCCUUCCCAAAAACGGUACGUUCAGUUCCUCAGUGGGCUCCCGUCCGGAUCGGUGAAAAUGAAUGCCUCUCCCCUGUUCCUGCAUUUUGUCAUCCUCCACGGCACCCCCAACUUCGACACAGGUGGAGUGUGCCGGCCCUUUCUGAAGCUCUACCAAGCCAUGCAGCCUGUGUACACCUCCGGGAUCUACAACGUUGGCCCAGAAAACCCCAGCAGGAUCUGCAUCAUCAUCGAGCCGGCCCAGCUUCUGAAGGGAGAUGUCAUGGUGAAAUGCUACCACAAGAAGUACCGCUCGGCCACCCGUGAUGUCAUUUUCCACCUGCAGUUUCACACUGGGGCUGUGCAGGGCUACGGGCUGGUGUUUGGGAAGGAGGAUCUGGACAAUGCCAGCAAAGAUGACCGUUUUCCUGACUAUGGGAAGGUUGAAUUAGUCUUCUCUGCCACGCCUGAGAAGAUUCAAAGGUCCGAACACUUGUACAACGACCACAGUGUGAUUGUGGACUACAACACAACAGACCCACUGAUAUGCUGGGACUCGUACGAGAACCUCAGUGCAGAUGGAGAAGAUGCGUGUGGUCAUCUUGUGUGCAGUUAUGGAGGUUAAGGGUGCAGGGAAGACAGCCCACUCAAAGAUCUGAAGUGUUUUGCAGUCUGCUAAGAAGAAAAAAAUCCCUGUUUUCUCAGAGGUCCAGAAUCACACCUUUGUGUGACACUGUUGUGAGUUUUGAGGGUCUUCAUGAGAAUAAGGCAUGGUGAGUUUGGGUCAGGGCUUUUUGUGAAGCUGUAACGGGUGGAUGAGCUGUCAGUGAAGUAAUAUCCAGGAGCUCCUUGGCCUGAACUUGUGUGUAUGUAUAAUGCCAGGGACCAUUGCCCCUUCUUCCCUCCCUUCCUCUUUGCUGUUGUACGGCCCCACAUGCA